AAGUAAUAACUCGACUUGGCAACCCUGAGUUCCGACAUCGCCCUCUAGUGUCCGUGCUAGCGGAGUACUCUUUAACUCAGUCCACCAGUGCAAAGUUUCUGCUGUCUGAAGUUUCCUGAGAUUACAGAAGACGAGCUGUUCCUCGUCAGUAUGAAUAAGUUGGCUGUUCCUCAGAAGAGAGAUGAAGGCUGGUAUCUGUCACUUAUGGCACCUAAUACAAAGGGCCCAGAGUUUGCAUGGCUUGAUCCUUCCAGACUUUACUGCAAUUCCCAGGCCUUCUCAGACUGUGUGACAGAUCUUCUCAAACCAUUCCAAAGUGACACAAUUGACCUGGUGGCUGGAAUAGACGCAAUGGGCUUUAUCCUCGGUUCAGCCUUGGCUAUCACUCUGGGAAAGGGCUUUCUGGCAAUCCGAAAAGCAGGACACCUUUGUGUAGAAACUCAGACGCAGGAAUACACUGACUACUCGGGGAGAGAGAAGCUAAUGGAAGUACGAACUGAUGUGUUAAAACCAGGUCUGCAUGUUCUUAUAGUUGACCAGUGGGUUGAGACUGGAGGCACAAUGAAAGCAGCCAUCAAGCUGGUAGAAAAACAAGGAGCAUCUGUUGUGGGUGUCGCUGCCGUGGCCAUUGAGAACAGCGAAGGUGGAAAGUGGAUAAAGGAGAACUACAAGCACUCGCACUGCAUCCCUAAGAAUCUUCAGUCUCAAAUAGACAGCCAAUACCUGGAAUCUUUCAAGAACUUCAACAGAACCAUUACAGAAUAGGUCCCUCUGAGGACACUGAUACUAAAAGAAAGAAAACAAUCUAAAAAGCGUUUGUUCUGCCAUACACAAUAUGCCACAUUCUGUAUAAACAUAGAUCUGUUGAUUUCUGGUCAGUCUAAAGAUGACCGCACUCUCACAAUGAGAAAGAGGAAAUUGAUCUAAAUGAAGCUAAUAUCAGAUAUUCUUCUUUCUCAAAAACUGACCGAUAACA